AUGGACGAGUUGGUUCAAGAUGGACAGAAGGGUGGUCAUUCCGCCGCAAAAGCGCUUAUCGAGGCUGCUCGAGAUCAUGUUCGACGGGUGAACUCGAAUAGUAACCCCAACAUCCAUCUCAAGAUUCGGGUGUACGCAAUUAGGGCUGGUCUGGCGAAAACGUAUGCCGAUACAGGCAUUGUGAGCUCAACGGAUAUCCUGAGCGAUUUUAUACAAGCUCAUUUUGAGCAUAAUCUCCGGGAUAUCCAUUGUCAACAUAUCAUUUUCUGUGGAUCUGCAGAUAACGGUUAUGCCCGUGUAUUGGGACCCCAUCGUGGAUCGAGUCGUAUUUCACUUGUAGAGGGACCCCCAUUCCCUCGUGAGUUGAGAGACUUGGCAUCUGAAUUCGAGACAACCUCAUUCCCUAGCAAGAGUGUCAUUCGGCAGUACAAGAGUCGGACAAGCCAUCACACCAUCAUGCCGCAUGCAAACUACGCCUCUAUAGCGAGAACAUCACCUCUAGUAUCAGAGGGCAGUUCCCCACUGACAAAACCGCCCACCCAGAAAUUGAUUUCUCGCAGUUCUCUGUUAGUCGUGCACAGAAAUGUGAAUGGUGAACGGGUUGACAGUCCGUUGAAAUACUCCACGAGGGCCAAACUUGAGGUUCUGAAGCAGCAUAAAUCUUGCAACCAAUUUCAUAUAUUGGGGUCCUGCUUUUACGGAGAGUCUUGUACUCAUAAGCAUGAACCACGGCUUGCUAAUCAAGAGGUAGUUGAUCUGAAGUGGAUUGCCCGAUUGUCUCCCUGUUCAAAGGGGUUGCAAUGUAAUGACGAGCGUUGUGUCAGUGGCCAUCGGUGUCCCCACGAGACGUUGAAGGGGUGCAAGUUUCCCCACGAAGUUGACACCAGAAUUGUCCUCUCUCUUUGA